CACGGAAUCUUCCCUCGGUUGUCAACCUUUCCGCCUUCCCCACCGCCCGUGUCCUCCUCUUCCUUGUCUCCGUCGCCUACGGCUUCUAUUCUUGGAACGACGACGUCGGGCAUGGCCGAUUCCUCUUCCCUCUGGUUCUCGCCCUCCUUCCACGCCCUGCGCGGCGCCCGCCCUCGUUCCCCCGACGCCAACCCAUCGAGGAGGAAACUCGCAUUCCUCCGCUCCCGUGCCUCUCCCUCUUCUUCUUCCCCCGCUCCUUCUCUUCCCAAGCUGUUGGUCCUCCGCGGCCGCCGAUCGCCCCGUCCUCGCGCCAAGGAAUCCGACGACGAAGGUGGCUGCUUCGGGGACGAUCCCUAUGUGCCUUACCCCUGGGAAUCUUCCGUCUUCUCCGACGGUCCAACCAUCGAGUGGGUCCCUGAAGAUAGAAUCACUCUUUUUACUUCUGAAGGGCUCAUCCAGAUAGGAGGAUCUUUGAUUCCUCGUCGAUUUCCUCAGAAGAGGCAAGGAAAAUCACCGGUAACAAAAAGUGUUCAGCGCUUUCAGGAGAGUGAUUACAUGGAUCCCAAUCAAGGACUUUGUCUUGGUGCACUCUUUGAUAUUGCAGCAACAAAUGGACUUGAUAUGGGGAGAAGGUUGUGUAUCUUUGGCUUUUGCCGGUCCAUUGAAAUGCUGAGUGAUGUUGUUGAAGAUACUAUAGUGGAGCACGGUGGUGAGGUUGUCACUGCAGAAAAAGUGAGCAGUGAAGGUUUGCUGGAGAAGCUGACUAUGACAGUAGUAGUGCCACUGCUUUGGGGUGUUCCUCCCGCGUCUGAUACUCUUCGUUUAGCAGUCCGCAGCGGUGGAGGUAUCGUGGAGAAGGUCUAUUGGCAGUGGAACUUUUUGUAGAUAACCUCACAAACCCUUGUUUGAUUCUGUACAUAAUAUGUCCUUCUCAUUUGCUAAUCUUUUUCAUACGUCAUUAACUCAUUCAAAAUUAUAUCCAUUUGCAUAUCUUCUCUGUACCAAAAAUGUGUCACGGUCGUGGAUAGAGGGAAAUCCUCAAAGUUAAAUCUGAUUCAUAUUUGUAAAUGGCUGGUGUUCGAGUUCUC